ACAUGUCCAGGAGGAAACAGAGCAACCCCCGGCAGAUCAAGCGUUCCCUUGGAGACGUGGAAGCUACGGAAGAGGCUCAGGCCAUGGACGCCAGCCACCCAGAGCGGGAGGCCGGAACACCGGAGCCUGAGGCCGUGGGAGAGCCCGAGCCCCUGAGCCCUUCCAGUCCAGACGCUAAUCCCCCACCCCCACCAUCGCCACCGCCCCCCACGCCCCCAGGAGGCCCCGAGGAGAUGAAGGGGCAGGAGUCAGAGACAAGGCUGGAGGAGGAGUCUGGCGUCUCCUGGAGCGGGCCAGGCGAGCUGGAGCUGCUGCUGCAGGACGGGCAGAGGUGCGUGCGGGCUCGACGCAGCCUCACCGAGGGCCUGUCCUGGGGCCCAUUCCGCGGGAACCUCCAGAGCAGAGCCUUGUCCCCUGGGCAAGUGGAACCGGGCCCUGCCCUGACGCUGCUGCUGGAGGACCAGCCCUGCUGGCUGACGUCGCUGCCACAGGCCCUGACCGAGGCCGAAGCCAAUGCGGAGAUCUACAGGAAGGAUGAAGCCCUCUGGUGCAGACUCACCAAGCCGGUGCCCGCGGGCGGACUGCUGAACGUGCUGCUCACGGCAGCCGAGCCCCAGGGCACCCCCAGCCACCCUGUGAAGGAGGAGCCAGCAGAGCCUGAGUGCCCAGCCCCCGCACAUGCAGACAUCCAGCUCCUGCCCCAGCAGGCCGGCAUGGCGUCCAUCCUGGCCACAGCGGUCAUCAACAAAGACGUCUUCCCCUGCAAAGACUGUGGAAUCUGGUACCGCAGCGAGAGAAACCUGCAAGCCCACCUGCUCUACUACUGUGCCAGCCGCCAGACCACCGGCUCCACGGCCGCAGCCGCCGCCGCCGACAAGCCCAAGGAGACCUACCCCAACGAGCGCGUCUGCCCCUUUCCCCAGUGCCGCAAGAGCUGCCCCAGCGCCAGCUCCCUGGAGAUCCACAUGCGCAGCCACAGCGGAGAACGCCCCUUUGUAUGUCUGAUCUGCCUGUCGGCCUUUACCACCAAGGCCAACUGUGAGCGGCACCUCAAGGUGCACACAGACACGCUGAGCGGUGUCUGCCACAGCUGUGGCUUCAUCUCCACCACAAGGGACAUCCUCUACAGCCACCUGGUGACCAACCACAUGGUCUGCCAGCCAGGCUCCAAGGCUGAGAUCUACUCACCAGGGGCCGGACACCCCACUGCCAAGCUCCCCCCAGACAGCCUGGCCAGCUUCCAGCAGCACACGGCCCUGCACGGCCCCCUGGCUUCUGCCGACCUGGGCCUGGCGCCCACCCCAUCCCCAGGACUGGAGAGGAAGGCCCUGGCAGAGACCACCAAUGGAGAGGCCAGAGCCGCCUCCCAGAAUGGGGGCAGCAGCGAGCCCCCGGCAGCGCCCCGGGCCAUCAAGACGGAGGCCACAACGGAGGAGCCCGAGGCGGAACCAGGGCCCACGGCCGCAUCGCGGUCACCCUCACCGCCCAGCCCCGCUCCGGCCAGGGUGAAGGCCGAGCUGACCAGCCCCACGCCCGGCUCCAGCCCCGGACCCGGCGAGCUGGGGCUGGCAGCCGGCGCGCUCUUCCUGCCGCAGUUCCCCGCCGCGCCCCCGGCCUCAGAGAUCCUGGCCAAAAUGUCCGAGCUCGUGCACAGCCGGCUGCAGGCGGGAGCGGGGUCGCAGGCCGGCCUCUUCGCGGGGGCCCCCAAGGGCGCCACGUGCUUCGAAUGCGACAUCACCUUCAACAACGUCAACAACUUCUAUGUGCACAAGCGCCUCUACUGCUCCGGCCGCCGGCCGCCCGACGACGCGCCCCCCGCGCGCAGGGCCAAGGUGCCCGCGACCCCCACACGCGCGCCCCCAGGCCCACCGCCCCCAGAGGCCGAUGCGAGGCACGCGUCGCCAGGCUCCGGGACGCGCGAGGACGAGGCGGGGGGCGCAGCCACCCCCGAGGCCGAGCCCGAGGCCGAGGGGGGCGGCCGGGGCCGGGAAGGCAGUCCAGGUAGCCCGAGCCCGGGCAGCGGGGCGGACGAGGACGACGACCCCCGCCGGACGCUGUGCGAGGCCUGCAACAUCCGCUUCAGCCGCCACGAGACCUACACGGUGCACAAGCGCUACUACUGUGCCUCGCGUCACGACCCGCCGCCGCGCCGGCCCGCGCCCGCCGGGACCCCCGGGACCCCCGCGCCGGCGGCGCCCUGUGCGCCUGCCGCGCCGCCCGUGCGCACGCGCAGGCGCCGCAAGCUGUACGAGCUGCACGCGGCCGGCCCCGCCCCGCCCCCCCCCGCCUCCGAGCCGCCCGCGUCGCCGUCGCCCAGGCCCGGAAGCGGAAGCGGAAGCAGCGGGCCCGACGCCGCCGACGGCCCCAUCGACCUGAGCAAGAAGCCGCGGCGGCAGGCGCCUGUCCCUGCGCCCGGCUUACCUGCGCUGGCCGACUACCACGAGUGCACGGCCUGCCGCGUGAGCUUCCACAGCCUCGAGGCCUACCUGGCGCACAAGAAGUUCUCGUGCCCCGCCGCCCCGCGCCACCUGCGCGCCGCCCCCGAGGACGCGCCCGGCGGCGCCGUGGUGUGCCCCUACUGCCCGCCCAACGGCGUGGUCCGCGGCGACCUCGUCGAGCACUUCCGCCUGGCGCACGGCCUGCUGCUGGGCCAGCCCCCCGCCGGCCCCGGCCCCCGGGCCCCCUCGCCCCCCCCCCCCCCGCGACGGCCUCAACGGCCAGGAGCCGCGGGAGCCGGCCCCCGGCGCGGCGGACGACAGCCCCCGCCCGGCCCGCCGCCGUCCCCGAGCCCCGAGGCGGUGCUGCCGCCCCCGCCGCCGCCCCCCUCCCACUCGGACAAGGGCGUCCAGACCCCCGGCAAGGGGGCGCCGGCGCCCGCGCCUCCCGGCAGUCACCGGUACUGCCGCCUGUGCAACAUCAAGUUCAGCAGCCUGUCCACCUUCAUCGCCCACAAGAAGUAUUACUGCUCCUCGCACGCGGCCGAGCACGUCAAGUGAGCGGCUGCCACCCUGCAGCCGGAGCGCGCCUGGCGCCCCCGCUGCAGCCGGGGCGGGGGCGCGCCGAGCGCUGGUCUCGGCAGAGGGGCUGCGGGGGACGGCGCCCGCCCGGACCCUUGGCACUUAAUAAAGAAGUUCAGUUUGAUGAA